AAUGUAUUUUUAUCCCAUUAGCAAUUUUAAAAGAUUUUAUUUUUACAAAAUUUUCUAGACAGAUAUAUUUGUAACGAUUGUACAGUGUUACAAAUUCUCUGUAUUGAUAACAGAUUCUUUUCCUUCAAGAACAAAAAUAUCGAUUUUGUUAGAUUGCUCAAUAUAGAAAAUAUUACAGUAUUACACAUAUUAUAUAAGUGUAUAAACAAUAAUAAUACAGAAAUUAGUACGUAGAAUAUUAGGAAUUUAUAAAGAUAUUCUAUGGCAAUUCUGCAAAUUAUUUGAAGGAUACGAAAAUAGAGUUAUAAUUAUGACAGAAUCUCCUAUUCACCUUAUUGCCUAAAUAAUUAAAUGAAAAUUUGUUAUAUUGUAAUUUGGUAUUAAAUUUAAUUUAAUUAUAAUUUGCUGUUAAUUGAUAUCAAUCAUGUUACAUAUCAGCUGUAGUAAGUAAAAAACAUAGAUAACAAAUAUGUUCGAAAAUAUUGAAUAGACAGUAACCUGACGAAUCCAAUAUUCAUUUCAAUAUGUUCGCUGCUCGUCUAAAAGGCACACCAAUAACAGAAGCCAAUUACAUAAAUUAUAAUUAUUAUAGUACACAAUAGAUUCAUUACGCAUUGAUGCUAUUCCCGAAAGAGUCUGAUCACGCACUGGAGCAGUGAUGGGCAAUGAACGUGUUAAUUGUAAAAAUCAAUUCGUCAUUGUUAUUAUGUUGAUAACAACAAAGAUAAGUAACACAAUAUACUUAACUUCAUCUGCGUGAGCGAUAACGAAUCGGAUGCCAUAUUAGAUUGCGUUAAUCUGUGCAAUAGCAGUAGACCGUCAACUUUCGACGUGUAACGUUGUGCCUUAGUGAUAUCAUCUUUGUUAUUAACUGCCCGAUAGAUAAAAUAUUCAAGAAACAUUUACUAAAUUUUUGCGGUGAUAUAUGAUAUAUAAUCAACAUGAUAUAUAUAAUCGCUUUGUCAGUAAUAGUAGGUGCUCUAGGCCUUUAUUAUUUGUUCCUGAAGAAUUUGAAUGAUUUUAAAAAACAUGGCAUACCACACCUGCCACCUUCUUUACUUGGAAGUACAUUAUUUCGAUUAUUGCCUCAAAAGCCGCUUACUGAAAUUCUCAAGUAUUUGUACAAUCUACAUCCUGAAGCCAAGUACAUUGGUAUAUUUGAUAUAAAUGUUCCACUUGUAAUACUUCGCGAUCCCGAGAUAAUUAAAUCCAUCACGUUAAAGAACUUCGAGAUAUUCCCGGAUCAUCGCAAUUUCAUAGACGAAAAUCAAGAUCCAUUAUUUGGGAAAAAUCUUUUCUCCCUUCGCGGAGAUAAAUGGCGACAGGUACGACCUUUAUUGAGCCCAGCCUUUACGUCUAGCAAAAUGAAAACUAUGUUUAAGCUAAUGUCGGAGUGCGGGGUCAAUUUUGGUAAUUACCUGGUGCAAUUACCACCGGAGCAAAGAAUAAUGGAGAUGAAAGACGUCUUUGCGAGAUAUACUAACGAUGUGAUUGCUACUUGCGUUUUUGGCAUUAGUGUUGAUUCUAUGAAAAACCCGGAGAAUGAAUUUUAUAUAAAAUGGACAACAAAACAUAGAAACCAAAAUGAACCUCUCCGAAUGUAUCCGAUUCUUGUAAUAUUGGAUAGAGUAUGCGUAAAAGAUUUCGAGCUGCCACCAGCAUUGCCAGGAUUGAAACCAUUUUCUUUAAAGAAAGGACAAAGCAUAUGGGUACCAAUUUAUGCACUUCAGCGUGAUCCCAAUUACUUUAAGGAGCCGGAGAAAUUUGAUCCCGAGCGAUUUCGUGGUGAACGGAAAAAGAACACUCUCAAUUCCAGAGCUUACUUGCCUUUCGGUCUUGGUCCCAGAAUGUGUAUAGGUAACAGAUUUGCAUUAUUGGAGACAAAGGUCGCACUCUUUCAUUUACUGGCCCGUUGCAAUUUAAAAACCUGCGAGAAGACGAUAAUACCACUCAAGAUUGCUAAGGACGGGUUCAGUAUGACGGCUGAAGGUGGUUUCUGGCUGAAGGUGUUACCAAGAAAAGAUGCUCAUCACACUCUUGCAAUUAAUCCUGUCAAUAGAACACGUUAAAUAUAAAAUGCAAGCAAAAAUGGAAACCAAAAUAAACAUGGAACAAGAACUUCUUUCUUAAUUAUCUGGCAAGAAAACGCUUAAUAUGUUAUUACAAAUUUAAGAAAUAAUGUUAUUUUUGUAUUAUAAAUAUUUUUUAAAUAUAAAACAGUCGUAUUAUUUUUUGUACGUUUAUUAGAAAAUUGUAAGAGAAACGGACAUGAAAAAAGAUUAACUAAUUAAAUACUUUUUUCUAUUUUGUGUUA